AUGACGGAUCGCACUCUCCCGCUUUCUGCGCCACUGUUGCCCACCGAGGGCACCAAUAAUGACGCGGCUGACGAUGCAGAUCUCGUCGACUUUGCAUCCUCUUUGCUUGACGCCGCUGAUCCUGACUCGGAACUUCCAGAAUCAACGCUAGACGCCGCGACGCUCGACGCAGUGCACGCAGCCAUCAACGCUCCCCGAGAACUUGCCUCGGAGGCGAUUUCGACCCUCCCAGCAACGGACUCAGGAGGGGGCAGUGAUGACGAGAUCAGGAUCCUCGUAUGGUUCCGACGCGAUCUCCGCCUCCACGACAAUCUGGCAAUCUCUGCAGCGCUGGAUUGGAUAAAGCAGGAAGAGGAAAAGAUACCGGGCCGUAAGGUGGUGUUCAUCCCGCUUUAUAUCGUGCACCGUCCAAAGAUCAUGCUGUGCGGCGUCAACCGCUUCCAGUUCUUGCUCGAGAGCGUUUCAGAUCUGGCCGACGCGUUGGCUGCACGAGGCUCUCGACUUGUGGUGGCCAGAGGAGACGGGGUGCAAGUGCUGAGGCGUUUACUGCCCGCUUGGCGCAUCUCGCACCUGUUUUUUGACGCAGCCAGUGAGCCAUUUGCUAUCGACCGAGACAACCGAGCAGUGGCGUUAGCAAGACAACUGGGAGUCGAGACUCACGUGACGCAUGGGUACACACUCUACGACCUGGACGCAGUUAUUGCUGGAAAUAACGGAGAACCACCGAAGACCUACACCGCUUUUCUCCGUGCAUUAGCCAUGCAGCCGAAACCGCCCAAGCCGCUCCCGACGCCGGAAAAGGUGCCGGCACCUGUGUAUCUGCCCAGUGAGCUCUACCAACAGGUGAUAGACUACUGGCAGAACCGCUUGAAACCCGAUUCGAUCGCUGGUCCUGAACAGCAAUUUACACUCCCAGAGGUAACAGACUUUGGCUUCGUAGCCCCUGAGCGACAUCCUUUCAUCUACGGCGGCGAACAGAUUGCGCUGGGUAUUCUACGGGACUAUUGUCGCAAUGAAGGUCGCGUGGUCAAGUUCGAGAAGCCGAAGACGUCUCCUGCACAGACGACCCCAUCUGCGUCGACAACUUCGCUUAGUCCAUACUUGUAUUUCGGCUCUAUCAGUCCACGGACCUUUUUGCAUCACGUCCGAGGCAUACAGGAACACCACGCCAAGGCUCUGUCAGCUACCCCUGUGAGCUUGGACGGACAGCUUCUGUGGCGUGAGUUUUUCCACUGUCACGGCCGAGCCAACGCGUAUUUCGACAAGAUGGAGGAGAGUCCCACUUGUCUGCAGAUUGACUGGCGAUGGCACACUAUUCCAGAGCGGGAGGAGGAUAUGACUGAUGACGACAAGCUUGCUCGCUCGCAGUUCCAAGCCUGGAUCGAUGGUCAGACUGGUUUCCCAUGGAUCGACGCUAUCAUGAUCCAACUUAAAGAGGAAGGCUGGAUGCAUCAUCUAGCACGUCACUCGGUAGCGUGCUUCCUUACUCGUGGCGAUCUGUAUAUUUCAUGGGUUCGAGGACUCGAGGUCUUCCAGGAAAGACUGAUCGAUCACGAUUGGAGUAUCAACUGUGGCAACUGGCUGUGGCUUAGUGCUAGCUACUUCUUCUCUGCUUACUUCAGAGUGUACUCUCCGUCGACUUUCGGCAAGAAAUGGGACCCGGAAGGCUUAUUUAUCCGCAAAUACGUUCCAGCACUCAGCAAGAUGCCAGUCAAGUAUAUCUACGAGCCCUGGAAGGCGCCGAUGACUGUGCAGCACGCGGCGGGGUGCCUUAUCGGAAAAGAUUAUCCGUUCCCAAUUGUGGAUCACAAGAUCGCUAUGCGUCGAAGUAUGGCAGGCAUGAAGAAGUCAUAUGCCCUCAACGAGUACGGCACCCCACCGGCCCCAAACCCACCAAGCAGUCCACGAUUUAAGCGUCCGCGUGAGAAUUCGGCUAGCUCAUCCGAGACAUCCGAAGAGUCUACGCAGUAG